AUGGAUCUUGAACAUAAUGUGCCAGCUCUUGUACCUGAAGAUGCUCACCACCCUUCACUUGCCGUAAGCUUAGAAUUCUUAGCAUCAUCUGCUACCCAUAAGUUUCCUGCAGCCAAUAAUGUACGCUACAACUUUAGGAAAGCCAACUUUCCUAAACUUUACAAAGAUUUAUUGAAAGCAGACUGGACAUUUCUCGACAAUUUCGGUGACGUAAAUAUUGCACUGGACAAUUUCUAUGAAUAUCUAUAUACGCUUCUAGACCAAAAUGUUCCAAAAGUUUCCGGUUGUUCAUCUUCUAAGUUUCCAUAUUGGGUUACGAAUGAAAUAAAAAACAAUAUCAAAACCAAAGAAAAUUUCAGACGUAAGUGCUUGAGAACCAAAAAUAAUGUCUUCUAUAAUGAAUAUAAAAGGCUAAGAUCUCUCGUGAAAAAUCAGUUGAAUAGUGCAUAUCAUGAUUACAUCAACCAAGUGGAGAUUAACUUACAAUCAAAUCCUUCUGGAUUGUGGAGUUUCAUAAACGUCAAAAAAGGAACGUCUAGAAUUCCCAGCUACACGAUCGACGAGGAGCACAAUGAAUAUACUAAUCCACAAGAUAUUGUAGACGCAUUUGCAAAAACUUUUGCAAAUGCACAAACUAAUGACUCGUCAACCUCCUUUUUACCCACUUAUGAAAACUCUUCAAUUUGUUCAGUUUUUCCAGUUAGCCAAAACGAACUAAUAUCAAUAAUGAAAAACUUUCCUAAUAAACUGACAGCCGGUGAUGAUUCAAUUCCAAGUUUUGUUCUUCGAUAUUGUAGUUCUGCAUUUGUUCUACCACUGUCCAUAAUAAUUAAUUUGGCCUUAAAAACAAAUACUUACCCAGAACACUGGAAAAUAGCCAGAGUCAUCCCCAUAUUUAAAAAAGGUAGUUCUCAACUCCUCAACAACUAUCGCCCAAUAUCUAUUUUAUCGAAUUUUUCAAAGGUGAUGGAGCAGGUAUUAUAUAAACCAAUUUACUACAGUGUCCGGCCCUACAUAUCGCCAUACCAACAUGGUUUUGUAAAAGGCAGAUCCACUAUUACUAAUUUAUCUGUGCUAAGUCAGACACUAGUCCAAGAAAUCGAUAAUCAAGGUCAAAUUGAUGUCAUCUACACUGAUUUUUCUAAGGCCUUUGAUUGCAUCCCACACAGAAUUUUACUUCGUUUUAUCAUGAGGGUAUCUAAGUAUUUCCGUAAUGUCAACCUGAUCAAAAUUCUGUUUUAUGCCUUUGUUUUAAGCAAGUUAGAAUACGCAUCUUUAAUUUGGUAUCCGAUAUACAUCACGCAGCACAUGGUCCUAGAUAGAAUUCUGAAGAAAUUCUUGAAGUUUCUAUCAUUUAAAUGUGAUGGAACGUACCCUGAACGGGAUUUGUACAAACAUUCAAGAUCCCUAGAGCUCGUACCAACGUUUUACGUCGUGCACCUAUUUACACAAUGA